AACCGCGAGUAUAUAAGAGUGGAGGAUUGAAAACAGAGCAAAGCUGUUACUGCACAUCUGGGAGUCAAGAGAACAUUUUGACUUACCACAAACAGCCAAACUGAAAGAAGACCCUUGGAAGAGGCUUGGGAGGACCACCAUGAACCCCCCAUUCCUGUCCUUGUUCUGUGUGGGGCUCUGUGUUGGUCAAGGAGACAUAAGAAAUGAGUCACUUCCCAGGCCCUCCAUCAGUGCCUGGCCCAGCUCGGUGGUUCCUGCCAACAGCCAAGUGGCACUGCGAUGCUCAGCUCCUACCAAGGAUGGAAACUUUGUUCUCAGAAAGAACGGACGUCCUGUGAGGUCCAUGCCAUCUCCUGACUCCCCAGGGGGCCUGGCUGAGUUUCACCUCGCUGAUCUAAAAACCAGUAAUGCUGGAGAGUACGCCUGUGAAUACUACCGAACAGGGAGCUUCCACAUACGGUCACCGCCCAGUGAUGUCCUUUUACUACUAGUGACAGGAGACUUCCAGAAACCUUCCAUCCAAGCCCACAAAAGGGGUAAGGUGACCGCAGGAGAAAAGGUGACCCUGAAGUGCCAAGCGCCAGAGUAUUUGACUGGGUCUAUAAGGUUUGCUCUACUGAAGAAAGGAACUUCAACACCCAUAGAGCUCCAGAGUCCAGCAGGAUAGGAGACAGACUUCUCCCUUCACAAUGUGACAGUCGGUGACACUGGGAACUACAGCUGUGUGUACUUCCAGACCGUGGCUCCUUUCUGGGCCUCAGAGCCCAGUGAUCACCUUGCGAUCUGGGUGACAGCCAGGGAUUCUCUUCUAGAAGAGACCGAGUCUUCCAACAGAGCAGGAACAACACUAGGGACCACUGAAAUCAUCCUCAUCGGCAUCUUCACCUUACUCUUCCUCAGUUUCGCAGCCUUCCUCAUCUACAGAUACUCCUGCUGUGGGGCAGCUCCUGACAAGAUGACUAAAAGCUCCCGCUCUUCUAAGAAACCUGAAGAAGUGGUGACAGAUGCGUAUCCAGCUGUGAAGAGCUGCUCUCCUGCCCUGGAGGAAGGAGCUCAGCUGUCAAGAGCUGAAGAACCUCAUGGAGUGACGUAUGCUGAGCUGAACACCAGAGCCCUGAGUGAGGGCCCUGCUAGCCAGGUGAAGCAGCCUCUGGAGACCUGUGUGUACUCAGCCCUCAAGACGUAGCCAGGAGAAGGACUGCAGCCAGGAAGAACCUCUGACAAGGGAGUGGGUGAUUGUGGGGAGCCAUAAUUUCUUGUUAUUCUGUAGCCUUGCAGACUGGCUCAGUUUAUGGUUAACUUGUUUUAGCUCUUAAGGCAUUGUCUCUGCCUACACCUGGAGGGUGCUUGCAAGCUGC